GGGAGACUGUCGCGUGCUGUCCAUCCAGAGCCACGUCGUCCGCGGCUACGUGGGCAACCGGGCGGCCACGUUCCCGCUGCAGCAGUUAUGCUGGCUUAGACAUUUAGACCAGCCUUCAUCAGUGCAAAUCCAGGGUGCAGUGUGGACCUUGCAUCCUGGCCAAAGCCCUGGGGCUUCAGCAUGUGGAAGUGGACCGGAAGAACCUGCUGUGGUGUGGCCCAUGUGGCUCUGUGCAAGCCAAGAGUCCUGGGGUUUGAGAUUGAUGCGGUGAACUCCGUCCAGUUUUCCAACCACACAGGGUACACACACUGGAGUGGCCAGGUGCUGAACUCCAGUGAGCUCCAGGAGCUGUACAAAGGCCUGAAGCUCAACUGCGUGAACAAGUAUGACUACGUGCUCACAGGGUACACGAGGGAUGCGUCUUUCCUGUCCAUGGUGGUGGACAUUGUGCAGGAGCUGAAACAGCAGAACUCACGGCUUGUAUACGUGUGUGAUCCAGUGUUGGGCGACAAAUGGGACGGUGAAGGCCGCAUGUACGUCCCAGAGGACCUCCUUCCCGUGUACCGAGAGAAGGUGGUUCCCGUGGCUGACAUCAUAACCCCCAACCAGUUCGAGGCCGAGUUGCUGAGUGGCAGAAAGAUCCGCAGCCAGGAGGAGGCGCUUGUGGUGAUGGAUGUGCUGCACUCCAUGGGCCCUGAUACCGUGGUCAUCACCAGCUCCAACCUGCCCGCCCCUAGGGGCAGCGACUACCUGAUCGCCCUUGGCAGCCAGAGGACGCGGAGGCCUGAUGGCUCCACGGUGACCCAGCGCAUCCGCAUGGAGAUGCGCAAAGUGGACGCUGUCUUCGUGGGCACUGGGGACCUCUUCGCUGCUAUGCUGCUGGCGUGGACACACAAGCACCCUGACAAUCUCAAGGUGGCCUGUGAGAAGACUCUGUCAGCCAUGCACCAUGUUCUGCAGAGGACCAUCCAGUGUGCCAAAGCCCAGGCUGGGGAAGGACGGAAACCCAAUCCAGCCCAGCUAGAGCUGAGGAUGGUCCAGAGCAAGAAGGACAUUGAGGACCCCGAGAUCGUCGUCCAGGCCACUGUGCUGUGAAGGCUGCACAUGCACACACUCACCCGACACUCACGACCUGUUGGUGUCUCCGUCUCGUCCCUGUGAAACCUGUAAUGUCUGCCUUAGAGCUGUGACUGAAACUUAACAUUCGUCCCCCUAUGAGUGCCGGGCAUCGCCCGUCUCAGUUGUGAAAAUGUGCCAGUCGUCCCUGCUACAGAACCACAAAGCAGCCCCCGGAAAGUGGUGACAUGGACACAGCCCUCCCCAGGUCCCAGGCUCAGGUGUUCUGUGUGGGUGAUGGCCCCUGGGUGGCAGUGGCUGGCCCGCUGCCCUGCGGACCCCGGUGUCUGGCCACUGGCUGCUGCGGCUGCACAGAGCCCUCCCACGUAGGCUGGCUGUGUGACCUCUGACGUUGAGUGGCGUCUGGAAGAAUCACGCAACCUAUGUGCUGUCACCCUGGUCUCUGCCUCUCUGUUCCUGCAUUAGUCUGUGUCAUCAUCUGCUGCCUGUUGAGUUGGGUGUCCCCCAGUAUGCAGCCACUGGACAAUAUAGAAGGUGCCUGUCACAUUCAGGGGUACCUGGGUGUGGUCACCACCAUGGGGCCUUUCUAGAACCUAGUGUGUCCCAUCAGUCUGCAGACCUCACAGGUGGCAGCAGGACUUCCUGUGACUUGGGGUCAACUUGUAGGCACCUGCUGCACAGUGAGAGGGACAUGCUGGUAUGAUGAGGGCAGCUGGUGAUUCUCGGGGAAGCUUCCACACUAGGUUGCCUGUGGUAACUCGAGAUGCAGGUUGGUGGGCACUACGUGUUUGUCACACACUGCUGGUGACAGCACUAAGCAGGAUGAAGUAUGCACUGUUGAGACCUUGCCUCCCUGGUUCCCUCCCAGCACAGAGCCAGCCACAUGUGGCACUGUGAACAUGGUGUUCACCAGCAUAGCUCCAGGUGGUGUUCCUGCCCCCUUGCUCAGUUAGGGUUUGUGUGUGGGGAGUGCAAAGGUUGCUCUCCUGGGAGUACCCUUGGACCAGGGCAGCUCUAGGACAACAGGUGCCUGGGCCCCUGCUGUGUGUCCCAGGCCUUGGCCAGCAUCCCUGGCAGGAAGAUGCCUCCCCUUUGCUGCUGAUGGGACUCUGGAACUCCUCCCCAGGUCACACAGGAAUGUGGCAGCACUCCCCCUGGGAGUGCUCCCUGACUAGGCCCAUGGCCCCAGCACAGAAAGGUGUUUCUGAUCCCCAAGGCUGCUCCUCUGAGUUUGUGAUGGAGGGGGAGCAUUGGGGGAGGGACAGGUUGUCAGGCACUGGACAGGAGGGGCAGCAGUGCCCCUCUGUCCCUCUCCGGUCUCUCUCACUUCCUCUAUCCCUCUCUUCCAGUGGUGACAAAGCCUGUAUCUUGGGUGACUGUUGCCCCGGGGGCACAGAAUAGGUGUGUGUGUUGGGCCCUUGGGGCAGGGCCCUGCCUGAUGCCAAGUUCUUGAGCUCAGAGGCAUGGACCUUUUCCCGUCACAGAAGGUGACAAGUUCCCCUCUUGAGAGCUUCCUGUGGAGCUGUGAUCUCUUGCUCAAGCUGCCGGUUUCCUUGGCUGUGUAUCCUGGGAGAUUCAGCAAGAGGACGUUGGGCCUCAGAGGAUGGCUUGAGUGUCCAAGCCCCUGAUGACCACAGACCUGGGCAGGAAGGAUGGUAGGGAGGUGGUGUGGCCUCGUGGGCAGCGCUGCCCAGCACCACACAUGGAAGAAGGGACGAAGGGUGUGCGCUUCCUGGGAAGUGGUAUCCGCCUAUCUGACUGUCCCUCCCGACAAGCACAGGUUCUUACGCACAGCAACACCAGCUCUCUUGGGCUUGUUUCCACAGGACAGUGUGGUCCCAUGUUCUUGGGUCCCCACACAGUUUGCCAUCAGAGGCAGCAGGUGCUGGUAGUGGUUGUGGACACAGCUUGGAUCCAGAUUGGAAUUGUCCUUUGUUUUUACUGUCCAUAGCGACACACAAAAUAAUCUAAUUUAUUUUGAGGUAGCAGUCCCUGUUGCCUGCUUAUUGUUAGGAGACAGGAUUUUAAUAUUUUAUUAAUCCAGACCGUAGGAAGGAAAUAAUAAAUAUGGUCUUUUUAAAUCAAUUUUAAAUCAUUGCCUCGUCCUGCCCAGGUAACUCUGUGCCUCGAUCGAUAUUUUUAGUCUCUUGUCAGUGAUUGUAAACAGGAUGCUUCAUUUCAGGUCCUGAUCUUGAAGUUGUUGGAACCAAUUUUUAAAGCACUUAAUUUUACAGCAGACCAAGAAGGCUCAGCCUUGCGCACUGCCGGUUGCAGGAGGCUGCUUGAGGGCAGAGGGCAGCCUGCAGUGCCGGGCACCCUGUCCUCAGCGUCCAGUGUUGGAGCUCACGUCUCAUGCUGUACAUCACUGAGGAAGGCAGGCUGCUCAGUCACUGGCCCUGGACAGCUCCUGACCCCACACUUCAGCCUCCUCAUGUCCUCCUCCAGGACAAAGUACAGAACCAGGAGGUGACAGUAUCCUGGUCCCUGGACUCCUUUCCUGUCUCCUCCCUGCCCUUUCACGGGGUCACCUGCUUGGGGACAUCAGGGUCCCCAUCUAAGUUGUUGCUCUGAGGUAUCCAGGGACCAGCUGUUCCCCUGGGCCUCCAUCCUGUCCCUGUCCUUGGGGCCAGAGAAAGGGGCUGGAGCUUGAGGUAGAGAGCACAGAGUGCUGAUGUGGCUUCCUGGGGAUCCACCUGUCCCCAGAGUGUCCUCUGCCCUUGGCACUGCUCCCCAAACUCCACACAGAGCUGUGUGCAUUGUCCCCCUGGAAAGCCAUGGUGUUGGCAAAGCACGUGGGGUGGGUGCUGGCCUCCAGGAAGCCAGGCCCUCAGUGUGCAGGUCCCAUGUGAGCUCCUGGCCAGGGAAACCCUGAAGUUGGGCACAAGGGGAACUGAGUCCUGUACCCUUUCCAUGCCUCUGGUUUCUCUGCCAUGUGCUUCCGGCCUCACCAGCAGGGAGCACCUUGAGCCCAGAGGUAGACAAGUGGGCAGAGCAGGGUCCCUGCCCACCCCCUGGCAGAUAUACCCUCAGCUGCCCUUCUUGAGGACUUUUGAAAUGUUUUCUGUUGUCACAUGCCUGGGCCCACUUUCCCAGGCUGUGGCCCUGCAUGUCACUCUGCUCUUCAUGCACAAAAAUUGGUGAAAGCCAGUCUCACAUUCCAGUCGCCUUGUGACUCAUGCAAGAGUCACUGUAGGUCUGACAGUGAAUACUGUGAAAUCUCUGGAGAGUGAAAGUUAGGCCUAGAGGUGUUUUUAUUUUUUAAUUGUAUGAAGAUAGUGUUUGAAAAGAUCCCAGCUGCCUGACCCAAGCAGGCCUUGUCUUCACUUGGGAUGCCUGGCCUAGUAUAACCAGGCCUCUCUUCCCUCUCUGCCACUGUUUCUGGUCUUUUUGUAACUGGACACUACUUUGGGUGGGAAACGCCUUCCCUAACCAGGGGUGUCCACCUGGCAGUGGGACAUCUCUGCAGCAGCCAGGUGGAAGGGGAAGAACAUGUACUAUCCAUGGGAAGCUGGUCCCAGGCAGAGGUGAGUGGCAGCACCCAUCCCUGUCUGGAGCUGGGUCUGUGGUCUCAGAGGCUUCCUAAGUUGUAUUGUCAUGUGUGACCAAGCUUUGCUCUAGAGCGUGUGUGCUAGGGCCGGUGGGACAGGAAGCAGAAUCCAGGUGUGCCACAGCCCGGCCCGCUGAUGCGUCCCAAGGGGUACAGCUGGGGCCAGGGCUAUUCCCACACCACACCUGGACCUGUGUGUGUGUGUGUGUGUGUGUGUGUGCUUGAGAAAUGGAAGGGAGCUCACUCCAUGCUGUCUUGAGGAUAAGACAGGGGUGACUGGGAAUGUUUUCAACUUCAGCUGCACAGCCCCGGGGUGGAGCUUUAGCUGGAGUUUCAUUCAAUCACUGCAAAACUGGACCAACAGGUAGACAGAGGCUCGGCUCCUCUACUUUUGAGCAAAGCACACGUUGCCCACAGGCCUUGUUGUGGUAGGCAGGCUUGGGGUCAGGUGAUCAGAGGGCCCUGGCGCCUGCCCUCCCCACCGCCCACCCCAUACCCCAUGUCUGUAAAUGUGACCUCUUCCCUCGCUGCUGUGUAGCCUUCUCUGUGUUGUGCUGGUCCCACUGAUUCUGUGAUUAUCCACAAAUAAAUAUUUUCAUGCAACUA